GCCAGGGCCUGCAGGGCCAGCCCCACCCCAAGGCCCUGUAAUUCCAUCCCAGGCCAGGCUAUCUGUGAGGAGAUAGGCUCUGGUCAUGGUAGCCAGAAAUCUGAUCUGCCCCGGCCUCUCGGCUCACCCCACUCACUGGGGCUCUCCUUUGCAGCAGCCCUGCUGGGGCUCAGAGCCCAUCUCCUCUGCUCAGGACAAACCUGUCUGCCUCCUUCUCCUGCCAGGGUACUCGGAACACUGGCCCUGCUACCAGAGCCCCAGGAGCCCCCAUGAGUCCUGGCCAAGGGAAUCCUGGCUAGUGAGGCCCCACGCUGGUGCUGGGGUGAGCGCUCCCACCGUGCCGCCUACCCAUCCUCCAGCACCUGCAGCAGGACGCGAAGAUGAUGAGCCGGCGCAAGAUGCUGCUGCUGCUACUGGGCGCCAGCACCGUGAGCCUGCUUAUCCACCAGGGGGCGCAGCUCCGCUGGUACCCCAAGCUGUUCCCCCUGAGCUGCCCACCCCUGCGGGCCUCGCCUCUGCGCCCCAAGCACAUGACCGUGGCCUUUCUCAAGACGCACAAGACAGCGGGCACGACGGUGCAGAACAUCUUGUUUCGCUUCGCCGAGCGUCACAACCUGACGGUGGCCCUGCCACACCCGAGCUGCGAGCACCAAUUCUGCUAUCCGCGUAACUUCUCGGCUCACUUCGUGCACCCGGCCACGCGGCCACCGCACAUGCUGGCCAGCCACCUGCGCUUCGACCGCGCCGAGCUCGCACGCCUCAUGCCACCCGGUACGGUCUAUGUCACCAUCCUGCGAGAGCCGGCAGCCAUGUUCGAGUCCCUCUUCAGCUACUAUAACCAGUACUGCCCGGCCUUCCGACGCGUGCCCAACGCGUCCCUGGAGGCCUUCCUGCGGGCGCCCGAGGCCUACUACCGCGCCGGCGAGCACUUUGCCAUGUUCGCGCACAACACGCUGGCCUACGACCUGGGCGGCGACAACGAGCGCAGCCCGCGGGACGACGCUGCCUACCUGGCCGGCCUCAUCCGCCAGGUGGAGGAGGUCUUCUCACUGGUCAUGAUCGCCGAGUACUUCGACGAGUCGCUCGUGCUGCUGCGCCGCCUGCUAGCCUGGGACCUGGACGACGUGCUGUACGCCAAGCUGAACGCGCGCGCCGCCUCCUCGCGCCUGGCCGCCAUCCCCGCGGCGCUGGCACGGGCGGCGCGCGCCUGGAACGCGCUCGACGCCGGCCUCUACGACCACUUCAAUGCCACCUUCUGGCGGCGCGUGGCGCGCGCCGGCCGCGCCUGUGUGGAGCGCGAGGCGCGCGAGCUGCGCGAGGCCCGCCAGCGCCUGCUGCGCCGCUGCUUCGGGGACGAGCCCGUGCUGCGGCCAGCCGCGCAGAUCCGCACCAAGCAGCUGCAACCAUGGCAGCCCAGCCGCAAGGUGGACAUCAUGGGCUACGACUUGCCGGCGGGCAGCGGACCUGCCACCGAGGCUUGCCUCAAGCUGGCCAUGCCCGAAGUGCAGUACUCCAACUACCUGCUGAGGAAACAGAAGCGCCGGGGAGGCGCGCGGCCCCGGCCAGAACCCAUCCUAGACAAUCCGCCGCCACCUCGGCCCAUCGGAGCGCUGCCCCGCGGGCCCCAGGAACAAGGCCCCUGAGUCCUGCUCACCUGCCUCCUGGACUAGUCAGGGCUCACCCUUGAGGGGCUUGCGUCCUGCUCCCAACUUGGGGGUGCGACUCCUUUCCUGAGCCUCAUUUUCCAAGAAGAUGCCCCUCCCGUCCAGCCGAUGACCUUGACAAGGGCUCUGCAGGCUAACCGUCCACCCUGCCCCCUCCCUUUUUGUCCCCCUGGGGGCUGAGCCCUCAUCUAGAUUCCCAAGUGGCUGAGCCCUGGGGGUAGGGCUGCUUUUCCUAUCUGCCCCCUCACACACACACCCCACCACCAAACUGUCCGUCUUCCACGUUUCUACUUUCCCCCAAAGACCUAAGCUGCUCCUGUACCCCCGGAACCAGGAGUUCUUGGGUUGGGUUUAUUGGUUGCUUAAUUGGUUUGGGUUUUCUUUUC